GUGUCUGAUGUUAAGGAUGUUUUUGCCCAGACAUCAGACCUGGAGGUAACCCCACGUCAUCUGUGCUGUUGCCCUCCCUGCACCCCAGAGUGGAGAUGGUCCACUGGGCCACACAGUGGGGGACAUGUGUCUGGCUCCAGACUCUGCUAGCCUUUGCUUUGGCCAACUGCCCCUCACUGGCCCCCAGCCCCGUCAACUUCUCUGUGGUGUACACAAUGCCCUUCUUCCAGGCCCGGGGCCCCAUCCAGAACAUAGUCAACAACUCCUUUUACCAGGAAGUGUACGUGGCGUCUCAGAACGUGAUCGAAGCUGUCAACAGGAGCUUGGAGAAGGUGUGGGAGCUGCGCACCGGCCCAGUGGGAAGCCCAGACUGUCACAUAUGCGAAUUGUGCGACAUUGAUAAGGAUAACAACUUUAUAGAGGACACAAACAAUCAAGUGUUGCUGCUGGAUACUCUCUUUAUGUAUUUAUAUUCCUGUGGAAGUUCUCAGUAUGGUGUGUGCUAUUUCCACCAGCUGAACCCAGAUGGAGAGCCACCUUCUCUCUCUAAAUGUUUGUUCAGAGAGGAUUCAAACUCUGCUGCUUACUGUCCCGACUGUGUGGCGAGUUCUCUUGGUACCAAAGUCACCAUGGUGGAGGAGGGUCACACUAUCUACUUCUUUGUUGCUGCCACCGUCAAUGACAGUGUGACCCAGCGCUAUGGCAGGAAGUCUUUAUCAGUUCGUCGACCGCUGGCUACAGAAGAUGGUUUCUACAACGAUGUGAGAGGCCUGACUGUCCUCCCCAGCCUGCGAAGGACGUACCACAUUGAAUAUGUGUACAGCUUUUUCACUCAGGAGUUUGUCUACUUCCUCUCAGUCCAGAGAGAGAGCCCAGACCUGGACUCGUCUCCAUUUCAGACUCGUCUGGGACGCCUCCCGCGGAAUGAAUGGGAGAUGAAGAGGUAUCGCGAAGUGAUCCUGGAGUGUCGCUUUGAGCCAAAACGCCGGAGGAGGAAUGUCGCCAGUGAACCCUAUAAGGAUGUUGUGUACAACGUGGUCCAGGCCGCCCAUUUUGGCAGGGCAGGCCGGGAGCUGGCAGAGGAGCUGGGGGCGGAGGAGGAAGACGACAUCCUCUAUGGGGUGUUUGCUGUCACCGAUGACAACGGGGUCACGGAGCACGACUCGGCCCUGUGCGCCUUCCCCAUGGACAAUGUGAACAAAGCAAUCGUUGAUGGGGUGGAUGAUUGCUGCGAGUCUGGACCUGAGCAGCUCUCCAGGGGGCUCUGCCAUUUCCAGCCCUGUGAGAGCUGUCCACAUGAGAGCAUGGAGAACAACGCCACAUGCAGAGACCAUCCCACCAUGGUGUCCAAGCCUUACUACCGAGUUGACCUCUUCAACAGACAGAUGACCGACGUCCUGCUCACCUCUCUGCUGGUCACAACCAUUGAGAACAAAACUGUUGCCCACAUUGGAACCUCAACUGGACGCCUGCUUCAGCUUGUACUGACAAGAUCCAGCCCUGUUAUCUUUGCCAACUACUCCUUGGUAGAGAACCAGAGAGUUUCGUCCAUUGCUGCAGUGUACUCUUCAGAGUAUCUUCUCUUCGUGGUUGGAGACAAGAUGAUUCAGGUGCCUCAGAGAGGACCGGGCUGUCAACACUUCAUGACUUGCGCUAUGUGCCUGACGGCCCCAAAGUUCAUGGGCUGUGGUUGGUGUUCUGGAGUUUGUUCGUGGGAGAGCGAGUGUCACAGCCGCUGGAGGAACGAGUCCUGCCCUCCUGGGAUCACUGGGUUCUUUCCACGGACUGCUCCCCCUGAUGGUCAAACAGAGUUGACUGUGUGUGGAUGGGAGUUCCAGUCGCCCAUAAGACCCGCCAUCACCUCCAGAACCCAUCAGGUCCGACUGGGACAGACGGCUUGUACUGUGCUUUCAGCCAAGAGCAACAACACGCACCUCGUGUGUAAGAUUCGCUCUGGGGCCACUGAGCUGUCCAAACCAGUCAACAUUACGGUGGAGGUCCACGAGGGCAAGGUGGAGGGCCGCUACUCUAUUGACGGGAAGGCAGAAAUCCCAGGGUUCACAUUUGUGAUUCCCAACAUCACAGAAAUCCAGCCCAACUAUGGGCCUCGCGUUGGGGGAACGCUCAUCACAGUGACUGGGCCUCACUUGAAUGCUGGAAAGACCAGGAAAGUCACGCUGAAUGAUGUGCCCUGCCCUAUCAAGAGAGUCACAAAGCCCAAAGGCAACGUGUCUUCUAUCAUCUGUCUGUCCCAGCCCAUCUCAGAGGUGAGGGAUGUUCCUCUGAGUGUUUUCAUCGACAAGUCUCCUGUCCUCACUACAAAGGUGUUUUACUACAAAGAAAACCCGGAGAUUACAGCUGUUCUGCCUGACUGUAGCUUUGACAGGGGUUCAAAGAUUGUGAUUGAAGGACAGAACCUGGAUUCUGUUUAUUGCACCAUCAUCCGCUUUAAACCCAAUGAGAGCCACCUGAAACCAGUGACAAGGGAGUGCAUAGGCAAGUCCCUGCCCACAAGGAUGGAAUGCGUCACUCCUGUGUUUCACAGAGAUGAGACUGAGGAAGGAGAGCUUUCGUUUGACAUGGACGGAGCAUUGGGCCUCUGGAACAAAGAGUUCUCCUAUCACCCCUACGGCGAGCCCAUACCGUUUGAAACUGAGGGACAUGUACUAAGUUUGUACCCUGGGUUUGAUGAAGUGUCAUUACAUCAUCAAAAGCUGAACCUGGUGAGCUCCUGUAUGACCAUUAUAAUGACAGUGGCUGGUGUUGAUUGUGAUGCUAAAGUCCUGGAUAAUGAGAUAACCUGCAGGAUCCCCAAAAACAUGACUAUUCCCAGCGAAGGACUCCCAGUAAAGAUCUCCAUCAAUGGACAGGUCCACAAUGUUGGCACAGUGGUGAGAGUCAGCAACCACUACAUGGUGGGGAUUGUUCUGGGCAUCCUGGCUGCUCUGGUUGCCGGGGCGGUGCUGGCGUUUGUUGUCAUGAAGCACUUGAGGAAGAAGAAGAAGAAAGCUUCCAUGGUAGAGACACUUUUGUCCCACAGUGCUAACCGCUCUGGAACAAAUAACGUGGAGCUGUCGCCUAUUGGAGACUACAGAAGAGUAGUAUCCCUGAAUCCUCCAACCCCUCUGGUAGGAUCCGUGGUGUUCCCCAGCCGGGCCUAUGCUGCAGGUAGCAUAGAUCCAACCCUCACUCCCCUCAUGCCUGCAGAAAAGAUUUCUAUCUCCAGUUUUAGGCCAGAGCUGCUGGAGGAGGUGAAGGAUGUUCUUAUUCCUGCUGAGAUGCUGAUUGUUCAGCAUCAUCUGAUCAUAGGGAAGGGCCAUUUUGGAACUGUCUAUCAUGGCUACUUCACAGACUCCACCAACAGAGAAAUCCACUGUGCUGUCAAGUCUUUGAAUAGAAUAACAGACGUUGAGGAGGUGGAGCAGUUUCUGAAGGAAGGCAUCAUAAUGAAGGGUUUCCACCACAGCAAUGUGUUGUCUCUGCUUGGCAUCCUGCUGCCACAGGAGGGGCUCCCUCUAGUGGUGCUGCCAUACAUGAAACAUGGGGACCUGCGGCACUUCAUACGCUGCGAGAAGAGGAACCCCACUGUCAAGGAUCUGAUUGGCUUCGGGCUGCAGGUUGCCAAGGGGAUGGAGUAUUUGGCUCAGAAGAAGUUUGUGCACAGAGAUCUCGCUGCACGCAAUUGCAUGCUGGACGAGUCGUAUACAGUGAAGGUGGCGGACUUUGGCAUGGCCAGAGAUGUUUUUGAUAAGGAGUACUACAGUGUUCAAGACCACAGGAAGGCCAAGCUGCCUGUCAAGUGGAUGGCCAUUGAGAGUCUGCAAACACAGAAAUUCACCUCCAAGUCAGAUGUGUGGUCCUUUGGAGUUCUGAUGUGGGAGAUGCUGACCAGAGGAGCCAGCCCAUACCCAGAAGUGGACCCAUAUGACAUAACACAUUACUUAAUGAAGGGCAGGAGGCUUCCCCAGCCGCAGUACUGCCCUGACCCUUUGUAUAGCAUUAUGCUCCAGUGCUGGGACCCCGAUCCAGAGUUGAGGCCCAGUUUUGCUACACUGGUGUCGGCCGUCUCCACCAUCUUAUCAGGGCUGGAGGGGGAACACUACAUCAGUCUUAAUGUCACCUACGUCAACCUGGACCAACCACGGCCCUACCCCGCCCUUACAGAGUCUGCCGAUGAGUACGACUCCACAGAUGUUGAAGACUCAGGUUCAGUCUCUUCCUGAUCCAACCUCUCCUCCUCUCUCGACUGUAAACUGGUAUUGGUGCUAACAGCAAGAGCACACAAAAACCUCUGCCAUGCCAAGCCAGUGUCUUUACCUCAAAGGAUCUGAAACAGAGAUGCUGGCUUUUGUUUGAGUGCAUGAAACUGAUAGUGAGAUGCUUUCAGCUGGAUUAGCCAAGAGGGUUGACCUAGACCUCAUGUCUGGGGGAUCACAGGGUCUGUGAGCCAAAGGGAAGAGAGGAGAUUAAAAUAAACUAGAAAUAUUCAUCAUUGUAAAAACUACCGCCAGGCUCAUACAACAUGAUAGACCACUGCAGGAGUUUACAGGCCAUUUCAGGGUGGGUUGAAAGUUUGAGUGUGUUUAGACCACAAGAAUUGCAUCAGUGAGCCUCUUUUUGGGCCAUUUUUGCGAUAGAACAAGUACAAACAUAGGGGUAGGUACUUCUGGAUAGCCCUGAAACACAGGUGUGCUGGUCUCAAUACUGAUUGGCUAAUCUCAGAGAAGGAAAAUACUGAUUGGUUAAAUGUGGGGAGGACAACAACCGCCAUUUUCUGUCCUUGCAACGUCCUCAUGGCGUUGCAGUUUCACCAUAUAGGUGAACAGAACAAACAUUCAAUUGUUUUAUGUUCUGUGAGCUCAUAGCACUCGAGUUAUGUCCUGUAGCUACUCUUUGUUUUGGUGCUCUCUGAGUUAACUUUGCUGUCUAAGCUGUUGGAUCCUACACUGCAAUUGGAAAAAUCCAUCCAUCCAUUCUCUGGGGUAUUCAACUAAAAUUCAAAGUGGUCCAGUCUGAGAAAAUGUAUUAAAGCAAAGGUCCAUCCAUCCAUCCUCUAUACACCGCUUUAUCCUCACUAGGGUCGCGGGGGGUGCUGGAGUCUAUCCCAGCUGAUUCGGGCGAAGGCAGGGGACACCCUGGACAGGUUGCCAGUCUGUCACAGGGCUACAUAUACAGACAAACAAUCACCAAUUGGAAACAGAGAACCUGAAAAUGUUAUUAUGAUGCUGUUCUUGUAAACUUUUGUGGUACCUUGUGUCUGCUUCAAGUUCCUGCAGUGAAAAGCCAUCUAGUGUUGGAAGCGUUGGAGAUCUGUUGAAAAAGCUAACGUUAAUGUUAGCCUUUUAAAAUCAUGACAAGCACAUUAAGGAUCCCACUUAUCUGCUGGUGUCAGCAUGUGCUCAAGAACUCAUAUAGUGCCAUCAAAAUAUAUGCAUUAAAUAAAGAAAACAUGUUACUGAUUGAUACCAGUGACAAAAUCACUAUAACUAGUCUUUAAUAGUACAUUAGCUACUGACUAGUUAGAAUUAGUUAGAAAUGCCUCAAUAAAACUCUGAAGAAGUUCUGUCAAAGUCCUUAAAUGGAAGCCUCACCACUUGCCAGCCAUCUUGGUAACAAUCCCAGGCAGUUAUUUUGGGCUAACAAGACCACUUUUCAGUCUGAAUGAAUGGGUAGAGAGCCAUUACUGCAAUUUCAAAGAUCAUAUACAAAAACUGCAGAUGAUACAUAAAAACAGGAUGCGAGGUGUGUAAUCAUCAGUCAGACAUCAUGGGGAGGAGAGCGUAAUGACAGGCUUAUCUUAAUAAACAUGACUUUUAGCUCUGAUAGAGCUCAGAAUUCAUCCAGAGAAGCUUUGAUGCAAAUAAGUACACCGUAUAAACCUAGAAUAUAUAGGGAACAGCUGACCCGUCUGAUGCUUAGAGCAACACAGAACAUUAUUUAUCGUCAGAUCCUGUGUUAAUGAAGUUAUAGCUGCUGUGCCAUGUGUGUAAAGAAGCAGUUCCUGCUGCUGUGUGAUGCUGCAGGUAUUUAAUAAAGUCAAAGGAAAGAAUCUGACACACAGUCAUCUGUGGGCAAACAGGACAUGAGUAGGUGUAUCCUGCAAAAUCCAGAAUUACACUCAGUGACACCUAAACAACAUAAAUAAUAAACAUCAAUACAACCCUUUCAGACCUGCCGGAGCUACAUUAAUAGCCGUAUUAUGAGAUAUAUCAAUAUGUUAUGUAGUAGAUACUUGUGGGUGCAGAGCUACCUGGAUAUACGCUGGAGCUUUAUUAACACCUGCUGGGUCCUCUGGAUGAUGUGUGAACUUGAAAGACCCAAAACAGGAAACAUCACUGAUGAUGUAACCAGGUGCAUCAAUAUGAUAUACUUUAUGUUAAAAGAAAUCUAAUAAACAACAUGGGUUGCAAAAUAAAAGCAAGACAAGGGAAAUUGAUUUGCAGUGGUGCACACCUCUGCUGACUAAAGAUGCACAAACUGAGGCUUUUGAACAGUUUUCAUUGUGAACUAAUCUCUGUGUAGAAAUAUGAAGAAUAUCCUGAAACACUGGAAGGUGCUGCAGUUGCUAUAAAAAGUAACUUUACUGCCUAUGAUACAUCCAUGGGAUGUAUAUAAUGUGCAACAACAUAUUCUUCCCUCCAUACAACAUUCCAAAUUAAGUUUCUGGCUGUUACAUUAAUUUUGAGGAACAGAAAAGAGCUCACUUAUAAAUAUUCAGGGAAAGAAACCAGAGGUGACUAGCAGGACCAAUAGGAUUGACCAAAGCUGUAUAUUUGGGACCAUUGGAGCAUUAGCUUCUCUAAUUUAGUAGCAUAAAAGGAAGUGAUGCAUGCAAACAUCUUUAGAAUUGGCUUGCAGAGCCCGAUGUUUCCCAGACUUGAGAUCCACAAUUACACCCUUCUGAUUACGCACAAUACCAGAUGGCAGCAGUAAGCUCAAAACAGCAUCUUUAAAGUUUGAUAGACAUGUAGUUUUGCAUUUUUUAACUGGUAACAAAUCUUGUCAUGAUGCAUCUAAUCGAUUGUACUGUCUUGUAAACAAAAAAAAAACAACCUGUUUUCUUAAAUCAGCCUACAAGUUGACAACCCAGCUCACAAUGAUUGAGUUUGUUCAGAUCUUCCAAAAGCAGUUUUCCAAUGAGUGAGAUCUGGUUACAAGCAAAGGCUAAGUAGGUAACCACAUCUCACAGAUUUCAUGCUUUUUCUUGUACUACCUACAAGAUAUAUAGUGUAUAUAUGUUUAUGCUGACAUUCCUGCAUUUGCUUUUAAUUCUUUUGCAGUGUAGUGAUUAUACUGUAUAUUUUGGAUCAAACUUCUAGAAGCGAAAAUGUUGAAUACAAUGUUGUGAAGGAAAUCACCAUAUUGCUUGUAUUUCUGACUAAAUGUCUUUGAGAUAGUGUAAUUAAAUAUUUAUUUGUUUAUAGAUUUGCUCUCAUGCUGUGGACUGUGAGUAAAUAUGAGAAUUUAGGCAAAGUGCCAUGUGCACUUGCUUUAUGUCACACACUAUUGCUUUCCUUAAUGGAUGUUCUGUACAGUGAGUGUGUAAUUAUGCCGUGUGCUGAACUCCUUUACUGCAGUUUUCCACCAGAGGUCAGUAUUUUGUUAAAAGUUUACUGCAUUGCCACUAACCUGCUCCUGAAGAUGUUCCAUGCAACAUGCAUCCAGAAGUCUCUAUGUGUGGUGUUUUCAUUAUUUUCGCAGUAGCAUAGCAACAUGGCUGACCCAGGUUAUCCCCCCCCCCAUCUCUGAAAAGCAACCAAUAAGCCCUCUAGAUGCCACAUAAGAUAUUAAAAACAGUCAAGAGCACUACGACAACACACAGCAGACCAUGCAGGCAUGUUUUCCUCUUUUCCUCCUCUUUCAUUUGUUCCUCCUGCAGACAUUUGGCAGGAGAAAAUGACUUUUCAAUUAAAUGAGCUGAAGAAACAGCCAACAUACACGAACCAUCUGUCAAUCUCGCCAAUAAACCAAACAAAUGUCUCACCAACGUACAGUAGCAAGUCCCAGCGCUGCAAACAGACACCAUACACACACUUUCCACACAACAAAACCGGAGUCGAAUAAAA